GUUGUCAUGGAGAUAGCAGCUAAAAUCAUGUAGCGUUAGCUUCUCUGUCAGGCUAGCAGCUCUAAAAACUACUUUUACAUGUUUAUUCAGCACUUCUGUAGAUUACUGUUAAGCACGGACCGUCUCCCAUCUCGUGUGGCCAUUACCUUCGAUCUGGAUAAUGUAAAAAAAAUAAAUAAGUCACAGAAAUAUGUUAGCAUCAUCUCAUGCACACCAAAAGCAAGAGUGACCCGGCGACCCUGUGAGGAUGGCCCGCUGCUGGAAGAGCAGGAGACCGAGGGCCAGCGGCAGCUGCAUGGCCUCUUGCUGCAGCAGCUCCACACUGACGUCGACAUUGAACGAUGUGUAGCCAAGAGGCAGUGCUUUGCCCCAGCGGCGCUUUAUCGGCCGUUUGGGGAGCAGGCAGCGGGAGUGAAGAGCCUCUCCCAGUUCCAGGCCCUGCAGGAUGGGGAGAAGGAACUGGCCAGCCUGCGGGAGCUGGGCCUGAAUGACACCGAGAUCCAGCUGUGGCAGAGCAGAGAUGCACCAGAGACAGCAGAGAAGUCCCACGGUGUGUGUGCAGCUCCAGGUGCAAAGGAAGAGCGCCUGCAGGCAAUUAAAGACAAAAUCGCCGCCCGGAUGGAGCUUCUAUCCCGCCCACAACGCUUUGUGUCCAGCCGGCCGCUGUCACGCCGGGAGAUGGAGAUUGAACAAGCCCUGUUUCAUGGGAAUGACCGCCUGGGUUUCCUCACAGCACUCUAUCAUCGAGAUGAAGAUAAGAAGGAGAACCAACAGGGGGCAUCCUCUGACCCACUGGACUCUAUCUAUAGAGAAGUUCUCAGGGAGCAGGAGGUGAAACAAGCUUCACAACAGAAAUCUGAGGGAGAACCGACAGGCGCACCGCACACAGCUGAAUCUGACCAAUCACAAAACUCACAGACAGACAGAAAUCAAUCGAGAGAUGCUUCUGACAGUCCGUCAGACCUGCAGGCUGGAAACAGUCGCUCAUCCAUCCAGCCAGACUCAGUUUCAGACACCUCAGAUCAGCAGCACAUUGAAAACAGACCAGAGCAUCUGCGACUGGCUCCUCUGAGACAGAUUAAUAUAAGCCAGCCAAUCAGCAGCCUGUGCGGAGCAGCAAAGGCGGGGCCAAGCAGACCACUCACUGUGACGGGGGAGAUUGAGACAAUUACAGAUGAAGAAAUCCUAAAGAACCGGGAAUCAGAAGAAGGGAUCCGGAGCAUUCCAAGGUUCCGAAACUACCAGCCGGGGAAACCCUCCAAGGUCCUGUGUGUGAAGAACUUGAGCCCACAGGCGUCAGUGGCCCAGCUGGUGGCGCUGUUCUCCAGAUUUGAGAGGAAGGACGGGCCCCCGGUGCUUUACCGGGUGCUGACUGGGAGGAUGAAGGGUCAGGCUUUCAUCACUCUGCCAGAUGCUGAAACGGCCCAGAAUGCCUUGCAGUUAGUCCACAGAUACCGGUUGCUUGGGAAACCUUUGGUGGUCGAAUUUGGCCGUGAACGACAGGAAGAGGAGAAACAGAAGGAGAAGGAAGGGCAGGAGGAGAAGAAAUAAAAAAAAAACACAAGAAAAAUGUUUUUUAUGUAAAUAAGACUGUUGUGAAUGGCAGACUGAAACUAAUGUCACAGUGAAUUUAUUUUCUGUGGAUAUAAAUUUGGAUUCUUUGGCUUAUUAUUAUCA